AUGAAACCGACGUACAGGAUUCAUUCCUCUAGUAUCCAAGUGAUGAAUACACAUAAAAACAGACCGGGCAGAGUUCCAACGUCUAAAAGGAUAAUUGGCAUUGAGCUGCGAGUCGGAACGGCAGAACUUGCAUUGCCAGUUCCAGGAGACUGGGACACACAAAGGAGUGAAAAACAUGCUCCAUUUCGGUCCAUGUCAUGGGUCCCAUAUAGCCAUAAAGCCAUCAAUCCGAUUCCUUCGUUCAUUCAAGCACCAUUCACGGAUCGCGGUCGCAUUAAAAUACACAUUAAUGGUAAAUAG